AGGAAGCAGAUAGUUAAGCAUCGUGAACACCUCUUCGUAAUCGACUGCUUCGGAGGGCCUCUUCGUCACUUGCGUCGAACGAGCAAAGGAACACAGUGAUAAUGGAACGCUUCCGAGCUCUAGAAGGGUAAUGCAGGGUGAUUCGUCUUCGUCUUCUGACUGAUGAUGACAACUUAAAAUGAAGAGAGGAGACUUACCUGCUGGAGUUUCGCAGUUUUCGUGCUGCUUUAAGCGAAGGAUAAGAUGACGGUCUAUAAAGUUUACCCUCUUCGAGUCAUUGCUGUGAGCUUAACCUUGGUGACUCUCUUAAUAUUUGUGAUAUUAUUAACUCCGCCCCAAAAGUGCAUUCAAGUAUCCGUCUCAGUACAACAAUGGCCACUUUCUUACCAAGUGAAGACGGGAAGAGUAGUGCAAGCAUUGGAAGAUGCAGGUGUGACUUCAAAAUCCAUUUCGAGCUCACUUUUAUCCAAGAUGGUAAAUAUCAACAACAAUGCGUGGUUCAGGACUCGUCUUGUAUCUUCUCCUCAGCAGAACAUGCAGAAGUUAUCAGAUCUCGAAGAAGCAGACGAUUAUGUCGAAUCGGACAACAAUUACGAUCCAGGCGAUGAAGAUGACGAGUACUAUAACGAAUUUCCUGACAACAAAAACUUUGAGGAUGGAGAUUUCGACUACAACGAGACGGACAAAUAUGGGCUCAAGUAUCUUCAACCAGAUUUUUCAAUUGUACAGCAGAUGUUUAACGACUUCAAAAAAAGUUUGAACAGUACAUUAUCACACAUUUUUCUUCAAUCUAGUCCACCAAAAUCAUUAAAAUAUGUAAGAAUACUAAAUAAAAGAAAGAAGGCGAAACGGAAAAACAUUUACCUCAUCAACGUAGAAGGUGUUCCUAUUGUGGAAGAUGGAAUCUUUUGGUCUGAGGAGCUUGAAAAAAGAACUCCAAAAGGUUCUGAAAUCGUCGACGCGCAAUUUGCGUUGCAAAAGUUGCGCAGUCUACGUGUUUUCAGCGUCGAUCCUCCGACUUGGAACAGAUGCGGCAGACCCAAAAACCAAUUUGUCACCUUUGAAGAUGGUUCAAAAGCUUGUGCUCGAUACAGGUCUCCUCAUCAGUAUCUCGUUCAAGGAGAAGUGAUGUCGUUCUAUCUCGCGCGUCUUCUUGGCAUUCAUAACGUCCCGGUGGUGUCCUUAGCAGCAGUGCAACCAGGUUUCGUGGGCAUGUGGAGCAAUGAAAAUGUCAAGAAAAAUCUCAUCAAGUCCAACUGGGAAACUAACACUACAGUAGCACUUAUUCAAUGGAUUGAAAAUCUAGAAAGAGACAAAAUGCCAUCCAUGUUGUUGUCAUCUUUGGUGAAUAAAACUUGUCUUUCUGCAAAUUCUGCUUCACUUCUCACUUUACCAGUAGAUAAAUUAGAAGAACUGCUACAAUGGAGUGAUUUGAUAAUUUUCGACUAUAUCACAGGAAAUUAUGAUAGAGUUGCAAGCAUGCAAGAUGCUGCAGACAAGGAAGGCAAGCCCUCCAUUUUGCACGAGACUAUCCAUAAUUUAGUGAGAUCAAAAUCAAAUGGUGCUCUUUGGCUCAUAGAUAAUGAAAGUGGACUGUUAGACAGUUACUCAUUACUCUAUGGACCAGCAGGACAAGAUGGACGAUUUCGAACUUUUCACAAGCAAAUGCUCAACACUAUUUGCUUGUUUAGGCGAGCAACUGUCGACAGGAUAAAGUGGCUGCACCACAGUCAUAAAGCAGGUGCAAUAUUAAUGGAUGUAAUUGAACAAUUUGAACCACUUUUUACACCGGUUGAGAAAAUGGAACAAGUUUCCAAAAGACUGCAGGAGAGAAUCGGUGAAGUAAAUGAUCAUAUUGAAAGAUGUUUAUUAAAAUAUUCUGAACUGUCUUGAUAAAAACUUACAGAAAGCUGAUAUAUUUCCUUGCACAUUUUCAUUUUUAAAAAGAAUGAUACAUGCUUAGGGGGAGGGAGGGAAUUGGGUUCGUCAGUUUCCCAAAUUUAAAUUUAUAAAAAUUUAUAACUAAUAAUAGAAUAAACUUUUAUUUCUCUCAUAUUUAACUUUAAAAUUCCUUCAAUAUGCAUUAAAUAUGUUGAACAUUAAAGCAUUAAACAGUUAAAUGCGUUUCAAAGAUUUGAAAAUACUAAAAAAAGGGGGGGGGGGCAAACUAAAUAUUUUUUAUUAGUUCAGUUAACAGUCAGUUCAAUUUAGUUAACAGUCAGUUGUGAGACACAUUUCUCUAUAAAUUACGACUCUUUGAGAUAGUUAACAUAGGCAAUGGGAAAGUCAACUGAAAAUGGGUCACUUUUGCCUUCAGAUACCAGUUUCCACAGACAUUUGCAUUUAACCUUCAAAGUUUUCGAGUUACUACUAGGUUUUAAAGCACAACCUUUUGUGUCCACCUUUUUUUCGUACUUUGGGGGAAAAUGGAUUAGCAGGAUCCUUUAAGGUGUAGGGUAGAUGGUUCAGGCUUUUCGUCAAUGAAAAUGCUCCUUGUGGAAUAAUAUAAGCUGGAGGAGGGGGGGGGGGCAAAUAAAAUGUACCCUUUUCCAAAUCAAAAGAAAAAUUGAAACUUCGAAAGAAAUGUGUGAAUGUGAAAGUUAAUAUCAUGACUUUACAAAAAAUUUAAUGCUCAUUAUUCAUAAUGUACAUAUUCAUCAUUCAAACCUUUUGUUUCAUUCAUAUAUAUGUAAAUAAAAAUGUACAUAUGUAUUUAUUUAAAACAUUUUGAUACUGAAGACAUAUCAGACAAAUCAUCAAAGCAUUUGUAAAAAAAAAAAAUGUAUGACACAAAUGUUAUGCUAUCUUAAUGUAAAGCAUUAAAUUCAUUCAAAACAUCCACUGUAAACUAGUAACUUACAUUAUAUUAAACUUUCAAUUUUGUGUUGAUGGCAAAGGUAUGAGUACAACAUUUUGAUGCACAAAAUUGUCAAACAUAUAGCAGGUACAUACUAAUGUUUCUACUUUGUCUUGCCUCCCAAAAUUUGCAACUUAAUUGUUGAAAAAAAAAAAAAAAAAAAGAAUCAAUUUUGUGUAUUAUAACUAUGUUCUCUUUCCUCUGUUGAAAAAGGUUCAAGCCAAUGUACUUUAAAAAUACAUAACAUAAAGAAGACAAGAUGAAAUUUUGCACUGACAAAUGCAUUUAUUUAUUAGUUGAAUCAAGAAUUCUAGCACUAAUUCCAUUGAUUUUUUUUUUUUUUUCAAAAUAAAUGAAGUUAUGAGAUAAAACUUGAAAAAAAUUUUAUUUUUAGUUAUUGCACAAAUGAGCUAUUUUUGUUAUUGUGAAACAUGCAUUUAUUGUAAAAAGAAAAGUCCAAAAAAUGUUUAAAUCAAGUAUUUUUGAAGUAUUUUGCAUAUGUUGUAAUAUACAAAUAAAUAAAUUUCAUGAAGCAC